UCUAAAUGGAAAAGAAACAAAAUUCGUUUUUUCACGAAGAACUCGCGCCGUCUCACAUGCCGAAGCAUAUAAAGAAACUCCUAAGCAAAAGAGUUCGUUUUCAGAAAGUCAAGACUCGAGUUAAGCUUAGCCGAGAACAGAUUGUACGAAAAAGUUUACAGCAAGUAUUCUUUGAAUACAUGGUUAAUUCUUCUUUAAGUGGUGUCCGAUUUCUUGUUGAUACAACUAAGAGCAAAGCGGAGAAGACGAUGUGGUUUGUCAUAAUUGGAUGUGCAAUUUUUGGCUUUUUCUACUUUGUGAACAACGCGCUUCGAGCCCAGAGUGAUCAACCUGCAUAUAUGACAUUAGAGGAUCCAUCCCUUCCAAUCAACGAAAUUAUUUUUCCAGCCAUUGCAAUUUGUAACCAUAAUCGAAUAAAAAAAUCUGCUGUUGGACAUCUCGUCAAUGUUUUGUACUCACAUGAUAAUACAACAUUUUCCAGCAAAGAAGAACUUUUUGAAGUAGUUACGCUUUACGGCUAUCUCUACGAUUUUUCUUAUUCCAGAAGAGAGGAUAUUAUGAAGUACAAUGUUUUCCUUGAAAAAAUUGAAAACAUAGUGGACAAAGCUGAAAAUAUUCAGAAAAGCAACAUAUCGGAAUUGAUGCUUUCGCUGACUCCGACUUGUGACGAGAGUUUAAUUAAAUGUAGUUGGAAAGGAAAGGUUCAAGAUUGCAAUCGUUUGUUUAGAACGCAAAUUACCCAAUUCGGCUUCUGUUGCACAUUUAACUACUACAAUACUGAAGCAGGCAGAAAGGCAGAAGACCCUGAUGAUCCCCUUGAUAAGCCUUAUAUAUUGGAAGAUCACGAAGCAGGGCCCUACUACGGCCUCACCUUAGCGGUUAACGCAAAUACACACGAGUAUCUUUACACGACACGUCAAAGCUACGGUUUCGACGUUCUGUUCUUUGAUCGAUACGAUUAUGCUGAUCAAACUGCCGGCGGGCUAGUCCACAGAGUAGCAUCGUUGGGCUCCCAGUAUGAUAUGGAACUUCAUCCAUACGCUUACUACUCUACAUCAGACAUCAAACGAUUUCCUAUUGAGAAAAGACAAUGCAAAUUUGCAGAUGAAAUGCAAAAUGAGUACCACAACCAUUAUAGCUUGAGUAAUUGUCUAGUGCGGUGCAGAAUGAGAACUAUAGAGAGACUUUGCAACUGUGUGCCUUUUUUUCUGCCAAGAAGGAGUAACGUGUCAGCAUGCACAUUGGAAGAGCUGUAUUGUCAGAAUAAAUACAGUCAAAAACUUUUAUUCGUAUAUCCUCCUGAGGAUUUACCAGGUUUAGAGUUAGAACGGGAAAAUUCUCUAAACUGCCCGACGUGUCUCCCUGAUUGCUCCGUUACAAAAUAUAAUGUUAUUAGCAAUAGAUUACUGCGAGAUAGCGCGAUUGAGUUCGCCAAUGAUCUUGAUUUAAAUGAUUGCAAUAUAUCCAUAAUCCGUAUAUUUUAUCUUCAUCCUACAUUGCCACUAUUCAGAGAGGACGUGACGUAUCAUUGGUAUGAAUUAAUUAGUUACUUAGGUGGGCUAUGUGGAUUUUUUACUGGAUUUUCCAUGAUAAGUCUGGCUGAAUUCUUUUACUACAUCUUCAUACGUCUUUAUUACAUUUUAGUUGAAAAUUUUAGACGAUAUAGUUAAUU